AGGUCCAAACUAGACCUUGUCUUGCAGCAAAAGAAAAAAAGAACCUCACCGGUCAACCAAACGGUAUAUUAGGGUUUCGGUCCUAUGGGACUAUCAUCAUCAUCAUCAUAAAACCCUUACCUCCAUUUCGAAGGUUAAAUCUAUCAACAUUUUUGACAGUCAUGAUGGCAUCUUCCGCCAUGUCCUUCGCUACCAGAUCCGUUUUGCGGUCGAAUCCGGUCAGGAAAGCUGCCGCCAGAAUCGCCUCAGAGGCAAAGGCUACCAGCUCUCCAUUUCGAGCCCCGUGCAGAAAUCCUCUCUCUCAACGGAUCUUCAGGUGUCCAGCUGAAAUGAGCGCUUGUCUGGAGACCAUGCAGCCGUUUCAUACUGCAACUGCUUCUGCAUUGCUUACUUCGAAGCUAUCUCUCUCCCGCAGGAGUUACGGUUGGCUUUCGGACGCUUCAAAUGAAGAUGUGUGAUGGAUGUUCAGAGGACCCCAAUGACUCUACUUUGUGCAAGUUCUCACAGAAAAAAGCUGAUGAUGGCUGAUAAGUUAGAAGUUAAGAAUUUGCUGACAAGAGACAUGUCGAAUCAUUUGGGAUUUUUGUUUUGCAUAGAUGAACCAGUAAAAUUUAAUUUCUCAUCUCUGUUCUUUGAUAAUUGAUUGUUGUUAUGGCUAGCAGAUAAUAGCACACUUGGUUUUAUUCUUCAUUGUCUUACUCUUUAAGAUGACCAUAGUUUGAUGUUCAUUAUAGGAAUGAAUCAAAUUUCUUUAUUACACAUCAAAAUCAGCUUGCAA